CCUUUCUGGUCAAGAUGGCGGCGCCCAGGCGGGCCGCGCCGAGGUGAGCUGGAGCCGGGCCCGGAGAGGGGCGAGCCUGCCACGCCCAGGACUUGGACCCCGGCCUGGUCUCCCGUCUCCCGGGGAGCGGCGGGAACUGCCAGACUGUUUUCUACAGCAGCUGCACCGUUUUGCAUUCCCGUCAGCUGUGCACGAGGUUCCAGUUUCUGCAGAUUGGAGAACCCGUGAAAGGAGUUGCUGCGAUGGUUUGCUGGGCUCUCAGGAGAGCUGCCCAGGUGCGCGUCCACCUGGCGAGGAAGGCCAGCGGGGUCUGCCGAGGCCCUGAGUAUCAGGCCUCGGGCGCGAGGCCCGCUGCCCCGGAGCCCGCCACCCGAGGAGCCCUCGGGGCCCUGGGCGGCACGGUGGAGCUGCUGGGCAAGUCCUACCCCCAGGAUGGCUACAGCAACCUGUCCCGCAAGGUCCUGUCCAGGGUCGGCAGGAACCUGCACAACCGGCCGCAUCACCCGCUGUGGCUGAUCAAGGAGAGGGUGAAGCAGCACUUCUACGCGCAGUACGUGGGCCGCUCGGGGACGCCUCUCUUCUCUGUCUACGACGACCUCUCCCCGGUGGUCACCACCUGGCAGAACUUCGACAGCCUGCUCGUCCCGGCCGACCACCCCAGCCGGAAGAAGGGCGACAGCUAUUACCUGAACGCGACCCACAUGCUGCGCGCGCACACGUCCGCGCACCAGUGGGACCUGCUGCGCGCGGGGCUAGAUGCCUUCUUGGUGGUGGGCGACGUGUACCGGCGUGACCAGAUCGACGCCCAGCACCACCCUGUGUUCCACCAGCUGGAGGCCGUGCGGCUCUUCUCCCGGCACCAGCUGUUCCAGUGGGGGUGGAAUUCGUCUUCUGGGUCGUUGAGGUUUCUGCAAGGACACUUAUUUGCUGGCGUAAAGGAUGGAGAAAACCUGCAGCUUUUCGAACAGAGUUCUCGCUCUGCCCAUAAACAGGAGACACAUACCCUGGAGGCCACGAAGCUUGUAGAGUUUGACCUUAAGCAAACACUUACCAGGCUUAUGACACAUCUUUUUGGAGAUGGGCUGGACAUCAGAUGGGUGGACUGCUACUUUCCUUUUACUCAUCCUUCCUUCGAGAUGGAGAUCAACUUCCACGGGGAAUGGCUGGAAAUUCUUGGCUGUGGGGUGAUGGAACAGCGCCUGGUAAAUUCAGCUGGUGCUGAAGAUCAGAUCGGUUGGGCCUUUGGCCUUGGGCUGGAGCGGCUGGCCAUGGUCCUCUACGACAUCCCCGACAUCCGCCUCUUCUGGAGUGAGGAUGAGCGCUUCCUGAAGCAGUUCUGCGUGCAGGACAUCAACCAGAAGGUGAAGUUCCAGCCUCUCAGCAAAUACCCUGCUGUGAUCAACGACAUCUCAUUCUGGUUACCUCGCGAGAAUUACACAGAGAACGAUUUCUAUGACUUAGUCCGAACAAUUGGAGGAGACCUGGUGGAAAAAGUUGAUCUUAUAGACAAGUUUGAACAUCCAAAGACACACAGGACCAGCCACUGCUACCGCAUCACCUACCGCCACAUGGAGCGCACGAUGUCGCAGAGAGAGGUCGGGCGCGUCCACCAGGCCGUGCAGGAGGCGGCCGUGCGGCUGCUGGGCGUCGAGGGCAGGUUUUGAUGUCGCCACCUCCCCAGCCGCGGCCCUCCCAGGGCCCCGGGUUUGCUGAACCAAAGAGAAAAAGAUACUGUUUGUGGGCGGAGGCAUCCGUCAUCUUGUGAUAAAUGGGUCAGUUUCAGGACUUUCAGAAGAUAAAGGAUUGCUCUUGAGAAGCUGUUGACAUAGCAUGUGUCUUUUAUUUGGGAAAAGUGGGGGGAAGGAGCAAUAAUACGAGAGUUACCUUCUCUUCCUUUUAGAAAUGCUUUGCCCGUUGGCGCUCGGCGCAGUUAAUUGGUCCCCGGGUUCUGUUAAAGCGUAAACAGCAGACGUGAUUUCCUACCUGACAGGCUCUUGCCCCCGUGUAAUGAGCGGAGCCACACAGAGGGACACACUCCAGACCGUAGAAGCUUUUCUCAGUCGGCUCCCGUUCCUUUCUCCCUCCUUCUUCUGUUCUGCAAAGGGCAGGCUGCAGACAGCGCGCGGAUGAAAUGCCAGGGAUCCCUCAGAGGUGGAGGGAGUCACAUCUCUGAGCGAGCAGGGUUUUACUUCCUUUUCACAAAGUGGGGCUUGGAGCCGGGGCUCUGGCCCCAGGGUGUGGACAAAGCUGCCUCCGCCCCCAACCCCCACCCCCAGAGGAGAGAGCGCGCCCCGGGGCUGGGUGGCACCCGGCACUGCAGGACCAGGUCCUUGAAGCCCCGGAGAGUUUGUUUCCUAAUGGAAGGCCUCUGCUUCCGGAGACGACCUUUAUGGAGGAAUACGGGGCUUUGAUGUUCCCUUUUUGCCAUCGCGAGCGCUUUGUGGUCUGCCUGCUUCCCUCCUGGCCAGUUUUCAUAAUCAGAUUCCGUCCCCGGUGUGAUGCUGGAGGCUGAUGGAGGCCCGUCUGAGCGCUGGGAUAAAUAUUUGAUGAGUGCGGCCAUUAGCAGCCCGCGGUGUGAGGAUGGGCAGCUGCUCCAACAGGAAGGAGCGGCUGCAAUGUCAUUUCACCCUCUUACCCAGGCGGACGUGUCCCUUGGAUUUUCAAGGGAAUGAGAGCCGCAUCCCAGCCUCGCCAAGCUGCUGUCCAGGGUCCUGGGGCCACAGGCGCUGUUCCCGGAGAGGAGGGGUCUAAUGCAGAGCGUGAUUGGGAAUCUCUUCUCCAGGAGCAUUUGCUAGCAGACCGUUCCUGAUCCAGCCCGGGGCUGCAUUUCCAGAGACCCCUUUUAUCCCCAAGACCCCUUAGGCAUUCGCGGAAAUCCUGGCGUAACACCCAGAAGACGUGGCACCGCCCCUCGGCCCACGCCCUGAGCGCGUAUCUGUCAGAUGCCCAGCGCUGUGCUAGGGCCUGGGGGCAGUGCUGACAUUCGGGGGCGGGGGGGGGGGGCUCGCAGAGGGCUUUGCUGAACGUUCCUCUCGACACUCCAUGAGAUGUAGUCAACCUUCCCCUAAAUUUUCCUGUGAGGCCGGAGGAGUCUCGGGCCCUAACCAGGAGCACACCCGAGCCUGCUGCCUCCCAACGAAGACCCUGUAGCUAGACGGACUCGGGUGCGUUGCCAGGUCUGCGCCUCCCCCCUGCUCCCGGGACCCGUGUUCUGCGAGCCCCCAGCCGCGCGGGCUCGUGCGACCCCCGCCUCCGCUCUGGGUGUUGGCGCUCGUGCCACAGGUGGGCCCGCCCACCAGGGGGCCGAGGGGACAUCCAGCUCUUCACUUUUCUCAUGGGACUCCCGCAGGAGAAUAAAGAGUGAAGAAGAAAAAAAUAGGCAAGAUAAUGGCACCCCUGAGCUGAACAGCACUCUGCAGCGCGGUGACAGACGAGUCCGUGUAAAUAGAGCGUGGUGGCCAACACCAGUGCCACCCGCCGGGAGGCGCCCUCCCGUCCUCCGUGAAGCCGGGACAGGAAUCUGCCUGCUGCAGAGGCUGCUCAGGUGUAGAACCCGGAACCUAAGAAGCUGCCGGUGACAUCUGCUCUGGCGACGGACAUCGGGAACCGGCUGGGGAAGGGAUGACCCCCGCACAGUGGCUCUCCCUACCCCACGUCUCAGUGGCCACGUGAGGUCCUCUGUCCCCACGUCAGCUGUCCGGUCUCCGUGACGACCGUCAUCGCUUGGACGGUGCUCGGCGGCUGCCAGGCAGGCCCUCCGUACGCAUCCGCAGGGCACGGUAGAGGGAGGACACGUAACGGCGAUGGUGGGGUUGACAGUGGCCGAGCCCCGCCCCCCGGGUGUCCCGGGCACAGCGCACUGCGUGUGUUCAGCCACCUGAGUCUGGGCCGCUGUUCCACGUGCGAUAGAUGAGCCAGGAAAAGGUGGACUGGGCCCAGCAUGCCCUCCUUCCAUCCUCACGACCCCGGUGGUCCUGUUCUUCCCUCCACCCUCCAGGAAUGAGAUCAACGUGCUCGGGGAGGUGCCGCAAAGCCGGGCUGGAGGAGGCCUCUCUGACGUCCAAGCCUGUGCUCUUCACGUUGCCCCCAGCUACGCCCCCUGCACUUGCCCGGGCGCUCGGCCUACGAUAGGCAGGGUGGGGAUUCACUCUGGGCACCGCAAGGCAGACGGGCCACCGCCACGCUGCGGACGUCACCACCGGGACAGUGGCAGCACCACUGCCCAGCCCCGGGACCCUCUCCACAAGGUGCUGGGGCAUGUGACAUGGGCCCACAGGGCCAGCCGUGGGUUCGGUACCAAAACGGUUGGAAGGUCCUCUGUCAUCUGACGCUUCUAGUGGUCAAUAGAGUUACACUGGCUGCUUCAGGACGGCAGGUCAGAUUCAGGGCCACAGUCAGCUGGAAAGGUCAGCUGCUGAGCGACAGGAAAGCCCAGAACUGAGCAGCCUAAGACCCUGCGAGGGUAGUGCGUGCUCCCAGGAGGCUGCAUCCCAGCUCCCGGGAAGGUGGGGCAGCAGGAGGAAAGUUCUUCUUGCCCUCGGUGACCAGUUACUCGAGAUCCUAGUGGCUCUGGUCUCCUAGAUGGGCGUCUACAAAAGCCAACAACAGCAACACACACACCCAAAGCCGGUGCCCUGUUCGAAGGCAGGGGCUGCAGACACUUGUACAGGCAGGAGACUGCCCGGCUCGGGCCCCUUGUCUGGCCCAUUCCCAAGUCUGGGGCUGGUCUGGGGCGGGUGGAUCAGGUGCCUCAUGGAGCAUUGGACCGGCCUAAACCCGGCUCUGCCAUGGUGAGUCACUUAGCAUCCCUGAGGCUAAACGUUCUCCGCUCUGAGAUGGAGGUGACGACCCUCUCCUCCGUCCAGGGACCGAGUGUGGACGGCUCAGCAAGGAGGAAGAAGAUUGUGUGUAAAACUCUUAAGCAUCUCAUUUUAGCCUCACACAGACUCUGAAACUUAACCACAGCACGUCCACCUAGGAGUUAAGGACAUGAGGCCAAGGACCAGGCCCAGGGUCCUCCCAUGAGCGGGAAAUUGACUAGGAUUUAAGGCCCGCUCUCUGUAAGACCAAAGCCCGCGGUCUUCCUGCCGUGCCCUGUGUCUGCCAAGAAACGACACAGAUGACAACACAGUGGCCGUGCCUCGCCCUUUGCAGUCUCAGGUGCGAGAUGGGGGGCGCCCUCCACAGCCUUUGCUCCCCAAGUGCAGGCCCGCACGUGCACAUGUGUUUGUCUGUUCGGACACAAGACUCAAAGAGGGCUUGGCCUGCACACACUUCCAAAGGAUGCGGGGAGACCAGGCCGCAUUGAGUUAAACAGGAGACUUCAAGGAGGGCACGUGAGGUGGUGAAACUACAAGGAUCGAUCCAAGGAGGAAAUCAGUUUAACCAGUGGGCUCAACACUAAAGCCACACGUCCCAGCUGUGUCCCGGCUACACCCUGGGCCGUUGGAGCCCUCGGGCAGGACGGGUGCCCGGGGCUGUGUGCCGACCAUGGCCUGCUGGCUGUGUAGUCGCCCUUCUCUCCCAAACAAGAAGGGCUUUCAGGACGCAGGUGUGUGAGACUGGCAUUAUUACAGAGGAAACUUUGAAAUCUAUUUUUAAGGGCUUCGAAUCCACUGAGUGACUCGUUUGAAGUCAUCUAUAUUUUAUUACUAAUAAGAAACAACUAGGAUGCGAAGCAAGUCAGUGGAAAAAGGAAAGUCUUUCCGACAGGUGUGCUGGAGCAGCUGGGUCCCCGUGUAAAUCAACCCCGAUGCCACACGUCACACAAAAAUUAAUUCAAGACGGAGCCUAAAUAGAAAAGCCCAAACCUUCCUAGCAGCCUUAGAGAAGAAAAUGUAAAGGACUAUCUUUGUGACCUUGGGUGGAGGCAGUGACUGCCUAGAGAGGACACAGAAAGAGCUAGUAAAGAAAAAACAAUGAUCAACUGGACUUUUUCAAGAUUUAAAACAUCUGCUCUUUGAAACACGUCAUUAAGAAAAUGAAUAGGGGGACUUCCCUGGCGGCCCAGUGGUUAAGAAUCUGCCCUUCCACUGUAGGGGGCACAGGUUCGAUCCCUGGUCAGGAGCUAAGAUCCUGCAUGGCGCGCGGUGUGGCCAGAAAAGAAAAAAAAAAAAGAAUAGACAAACCACAGAUUGGGAGAAAAUAUCGUGACACGUAUAUUCAACAAAGGAUUUAUAUCCAGAAUAUACAAAGAAUUCCUACAAUUCGAUAAUAAUUUUUUAAAAAAUCUUUUGAAAAAUGGGGAAAAGUCCUAUAAUUCAGUAAUUUUUAAAAAAAGCUUUUUAAAAAAUGAACAAGUACUUGACAAAAAAAAAGAUUUAUAAAUGGCCAAUAAGUUGGAAAGAUGCUCAACAUUAUUAGUCAUCAGGGCAGUGCUUUCAGGAAGCUGCAGAGCAGCCGGAACUCAUCUGUAGGGGCUAAAAGCAGAUCAGAGGUCGCCUGGGCCUGGGAAGAGAUUGAUGGAAAGGGGCCCACGGGAAUGUUCUCUAUCUUGAUAGACAUGCAGUUUACGUGGACGGGUGCAUUUGUCAAAACUCAUCAAACUGUAUGCUUUAAAAUCUGUGCCUUUCGCUGUGCGUAAACUAUACCACAAAGGAAAAGAGACAAAUGACACGUGCUGCAUCUCACAUUUCCACGCAUCUCACAGCACCACGGCUCCAAAGUGGAGACAGCAGCUCGGCGCCGAGGGAGCAGGCAUAGAGGUGGGUGUAGAAGGGGCUCGGGGACUCUGCGGGCAAGAUCAUUCUUGAGUCGACCACACACCUGGGGCAGGCAGCUCUCUCCAAGGAGAGUGGCCACACGGGGGAGGGGACAGGGUGCAGCUGCAGGAACAAUAAUGUGAGAUGGCGAUUCCAGUCACUCGGGGGUUGUGAUGAGGGUUGAAUGGAUUGAAGAGGGCAACACUCUCAGUUUUUAGCACGAUAUACUGACCAUUACAAGUGAAUCCGUAUUUUUCUUAAAAACCCACGUUGGGAAAACGUUCUGGAGUUAGAAGGUGGGGAUGAUUGUUUGACUGUCUGAAUACAUGAAAAUUCACUGAACUGUGUGCUUUGAAAGGGUGAAUUUUAUA